AUGACAUUGGAAUCCAACUCAGAGAAGAUUGGUGCCGCUCUUCGGGCAAUCGCCACUAAGAAUGUCGAUGGAACGGUGGUAGAUUAUGGUAUACGGACUUUAGAAGAUGGACGGUCCGUAUCGACAAAGGAGAGGAUUAACGACAAGGUGACGCCUGUGACCAACGUCAAGCCUACAAACAGUGAGCUGUUCCUCGCCAAUGGCCUACCAGACAUUCCCUUUUUGAAAGAGCAUUUCAGAAGGGAGGGACGGCUACACGAUUACCAAGUGAUAAAAAUUCUCAAUAUGGCUGCGGAUGUGCUAAAGAAGGAACCAAACUUGUUGCGCGUUCCUGCCCCAGUCACUGUCUGUGGUGAUAUACACGGACAGUACUAUGACCUUCUGAAACUGUUAAAAGUUGGUGGAGAUCCGGAGGAUACCUCGUACCUAUUCCUUGGUGAUUACGUCGAUAGAGGGUCCUUCUCAAUAGAAUGCUUAUUGUUGCUAUACGCCUAUAAGGUGACAUAUCCCGGUACAUUCUUCCUUCUGAGAGGGAACCACGAGUGCAAGCACCUGACUGAGUACUUCACCUUCAAGAUGGAAUGUCUCCAUAAGUACAACAAGAAUGUUUAUAAGGCUGCGUGUGAAUCAUUCAACGCUUUACCUUUAGCAGCGGUUAUGAACAACGAAUUCUUCUGUUGCCAUGGUGGUAUAUCUCCAGAGUUGAAGACCCCUGAGGAUGUCAACAAGUUCAACAGAUUCAGAGAGCCACCAACAAGAGGUUUAAUGUGUGAUAUACUGUGGUCUGAUCCCAUUGAGGAUUACGAUGAUGGUGAUCAUGACACAGCGUUCAUCCCAAAUACUGUUAGAGGUUGUUCUUAUGCAUUCACUUUCAAAGCAGUGUCACAGUUCCUGCAAAGAAAUAACCUACUGUGUGUCAUCAGAGCCCAUGAAGCUCAGGAUGCUGGAUACAGAACGUACAAGAAGUCUCUUGAUAAAGAGUUCCCAACUGUAUUGACUAUGUUUUCUGCUCCAAAUUAUCUCGACACUUAUAAGAACAAAGGUGCCGUGCUAAAAUAUGCCAAUAAUAGUAUGAAUAUUAGACAAUUUGUCUAUUCUCCUCAUCCAUAUUGGUUACCAAACUUCAUGGACGUGUUUUCCUGGUCUCUUCCAUUCGUCGGCGAAAAAGUGACGGAUAUCUUAGUUUCUGUCUUGAACAUAUGUACCGAAGAAGAGUUGGACGAGGAUACCCCUGUGGAUCAUAAAGUUGUCAUGAAAGUUCAAAAUGAGGCAAGCAAACAUGAACAAUCUGUUACUGAACAAUCUGUGAGUGAUGCUUCUGACGAUAACACUGAUGAUGAACGAGCAGUUUUGAGAACUGCACUCAGAAAUAAAAUUCUGGCCAUUGGCCGUGUUUCCAGAAUGUUUUCAGUGCUGAGAGAAGAAGCUGAAAAUGUUCAAAGGUUAAAGACAAUGACAGGAAAUGGGAUCUUACCUAGAGGUGCAUUGCUAGGUGGUUCGGAAGCGAUUAAACAUAGUAUAUCCACUUUCCAACAGGCUAGAAAGGCAGACUUGGUCAACGAAGCAAUGCCCCCAGAGAGAGAACCACCGGAAGUAUUUGAGGAAGAGAGGGAGAGACAAAUAAUUGAACAAGUUGAUGAAGAAGUUAAAUUUGGCAAGAAGAUACUCAAGAUCUGGUGUUCCUUGCCAUCAUGA